CCACAAGGUCGGUUUUAGUUUGACUAGUACCCCGGCUGCAGGAUGUCCGGUGGACGUGGCAGUUGUUGCAACACCAGCAGGUCUCAGGCACCUGAUGUGGAAGAAAGAAAAGUAAUAAUCCUAAAGCAUGAAAGUAGGAAGUAAAUAUCCGAGCCCACCCCAGACAGCCUGUGGUAUUUGAUAAUGGAAGAGCCGAACUCCGCCUACUGACUAGCCCCGCCCAUUACCAGUCUGCAGCGGGGAUCUUUUGGCUGCUGCUGUACAGAGGCUUUUAUUGUGACGGUUUGACCCGGAUGCAGCUAGCGGCAGCCUCUUCCGGUCUCCGCGGCACUCAGCCCCUCAGGCUAACGGCGGCUCCCGUUCGCUGCUGGCGGAACCCUGACCCAGUGGGAUGUGAAAGAACUGGCUUCACGGUUUGUGGUGAGGAGAAUCUCCGCGGUUCGUCUGCUGCUCUUCAUCUCCAGCUGCGGCGCUUCUCUAGGGUUCCACCUCUGACCGGUAUUCCUGAGUGUGAUGUCGUUUGUGACCAGGGGUCAAAGGUCAGUGUCAUGACUGGAGCGGAGGCCGAGGAGGACAUUCCUUUAGGAGACAGGAAGACCGUCACCGACUUCUGCUACCUGCUGGACAAGUCCAAACAACUCUUCAAUGGGCUAAGGGAUCUUCCCCAGUAUGGACACAAGCAGUGGCAGUCCUACUUUGGGAGGACGUUUGACGUCUACACCAAGCUGUGGAAGUUCCAGCAGCAGCACAGGCAGGUUCUGGAUUCGAGGUACGGCCUGAAGAGGUGGCAGAUUGGGGAGGUGGCAUCGAAGAUCGGACAGCUGUACUACCAUUACUACCUCCGGACGUCAGAAACCAGUUAUCUGAACGAAGCGUUUUCCUUCUACUCAGCCAUCCGCCAGCGCUCCUACUACUAUCAGGUCAACAAGGAGGACAGGCCUGAGCUCGUGGUGAAGAAGCUUCGGUACUACGCCCGCUACAUCGUGGUGUGCUUGCUGCUCAACAAGAUGGACCUGGUUAAAGUUCUGGUGAAGGAGUUAUCAGAGGAAAUAGAAGAAUACACACAGAGGUUCAACACAGAGGACCAGCUGGAGUGGAAUCUGGUUUUACAGGAAGUGGCAGCUUUUAUUGUGGCUGACCCUGUGGUGGUUCUGAACGACAACAACUCUGUGGUCAUCACCAGCAACAGGAUGCUGGAGGGAAGCGCUCCUCCUCUGGAACAAGGCAUGGUGGUCGGACAACUGGUCCUCGCUGAUGCCCUGAUCGUCGGGAACUGUAACAACCAGGUGAAGUUCAGUGAGCUGACCGUGGACAUGUUCCGCAUGCUUCAGGCUCUAGAGCGGGAACCCGUGAACCUGGCUACGCAGACCUCCAAGCAGGGAACGCUGGAACCCAGCGAGAAGCCAGCGAAGCGUGAGAACCCUCACAAGUAUCUGCUGUACAAACCAACCUUCAGCCAGCUCUUCACAUUCCUGUCUGCUUCCUUUAAGGAGUUACCUGCCAACAGCGUCCUGCUGGUGUAUUUAUCAGCUACUGGAGUUUUCCCAGCCGGACACUCGGAUUAUGAAGCAUUCCCGGCAGGUCCAUACGACUUCGGAGGAGUUCUGACAAACACCAAUAGAGAUGUGGUGAACGGGGAGAUGGUCCAGAAGAGGAACCAGGCCCAGAAGGAGAUGCACUGUCUCCACCCAGGUGAUCUGUUUCCUUUUACACGGAAGCCUCUUUUUCUCAUCGUGGAUUCAUCCAACAGCUCAGCCUAUAAGAACUUCUCUAACCUGUUUGGCCAGCCUCUCGUUUCUCUGCUCUCUCCUACAGUUUAUCCUAAAACUGUUCAAGACCCAUCUCAGCAGGGGAGUCUCUUCACCUUGUUCCUCUACAGUCCCCUCCUGGCCUUCUCCUCCAUCUGUGGGUUGAACAGCAUUCGACAAGGAUUAUGGGAACAAGCCCAGGAGUUUCUCUGUAAAGUCUUCCGGGAUAUCGGACAGAUGAUAACCAGAUCACGUACCAUAGAUCAAGCCUUCUUACAGUUCUUUGGGGACGAGUUCCUGAGGCUGAUCCUGAUCCGAUUUGUGUUCUGUUCCGCUGUGCUGAGACUACAUAAACUCUUCCGGGAAUCUCGGAGCUUCCCGGAGUCGUACCCUGAGCUUCCCAAGCAGGAAACGGUGGAGAGCAGCCUCCUGCAGAGGCACAUCCUGGAUCUGGCUGCCAUGCUGGACGUCCACAACUUAUUCUGGGACGACUCCCUGGAGACUUACUAGGCCGGUGUCCCUAACGGACUCGACGGCUCCGAACUCUGUUCUUUACUUUGCUUUUGAAGGUAAAUCCACUCAGACGUCACCUGUGGGAGCAGGUGUUUAGUCCUCAUCUAGAGCCGAGACUCUGUCCACCGCUGAAGCUUCAGGAGCAGAACGAGCAGCUGGAACCUUCACUUUUACUCACACAGAGGAAACAAAGCACUCUGACGUUUAACGUCAACCCUUUCAGAAUAAAAGCACACCACUCAGAGAGCAGGAUGAAA